AUGGCCCAAAACGAGAACAUCGCAAACAGAAAGAAACAAGAGACCAUCAAGAAAACGGUGAAACCAAGCCGUGCAUCAUGGCCUAACCAUCUCAUAUAUACAAUGCAGACCAACACCAAGUUUUGCCAGCUCCCGACAACUGCCGCACUGAAAAAAUCUCAAUGGGUAUGUUUCCAUGCUGACAAUCGAGUAGUUCCUGAUAUUCCAGGCACUUUGCAGCAAUAG